CGCUCAUGUACAGUGACAAGACUUUGGAUGUGACCUCAGUUUCAGUUUUAAUAAGCCAUCAUGACCAACAUACAAUCUCGCAAGCGCUUCAGUGAUGAUAACUACAAAAACUGGUUAAAAACAGCCGAGAGUCUGUCCAUACUGAGGAGCCGUAUUAAGAACUACGUUGAAAAGGAAACCGAAACUUAUCACUUCUCUCUUCGAAAUAAACCUGCUCUCAGUGGACGGAUCUGUAAGGACAAUUGCGGCAGUACGAAAAAGAAGUCUAAUUUUUGCAACGUGUGUAAUGACUGGAAGAAGGAAAUCUUGGCCAAUCAUACGACAAAGCAAAUACACUGGGGUAACUGCCGACAACAUCUAUGGCCAGCAGAAAAAUGGGAAGUUGCCAAGGCAUAUAUGUCGCGUGGGCAAACGCAGCAUUGCAAGUUUGCCCAGUUUGAUGUCUCCGCCAUCCUUAACUUUAUGUAUUCCUGCAAACAUUUCAAGGGAAUUCCAACAAAAUGCCUGAGCAAUGUAUUAAAUGUGCGCAACAAUGUUAUGCACUCACCUGACAUGAAAAUAAGUAAUGAGGACAUGACCAAGCAUCUUCAAAAGGUCUUGGAGUUUGCCAAGGACCUUGAACCUUAUGCCCCAGAACUCAAAGACUUGGGAGAGGAGAUAACACAGUUUAACAAUAUUUUGGACAAGAAUUUCAGUCACACCACGCAGAAUGAAGUGGAUGGCAAACUGGAAGACAUCCAGAACGUGUUAGAGAUUCAGAAAGUCCUGGACCAUGAGCAGGAAGCCAUGAAGGAAAAGAUUGAAGACAUUCUCUUGCGGUUUGAGGGGAACCAAGAAAAAGCCACCAAAGAAGAACCACAGGGUAUGAACAAUAUCCUGGAAUUUCUGGACCAAAACAAAGACCUCCUGGAGAACUUAGGCCCUCAAGUCACCAAACUUAAAGAGAUGCAGGACAAAGUAGAUCAACAUGACCAGCAGAUCACUAACCUGACUGUCAGAGUGGACCAACUGGAGGAGGUGACACAUGAUCCAAUGUGUUCUGACAAACCACCAAGAUACAAGAACCAUCUUUUAGAAUUUUCUCGUGCAAAGAAAUGGCUAGAUCCAACAUUUAUUGAGGGCCGGGAAGCUCAAGGUUACAGGGGUCAGGUGGAAGUGAAUGGACACAUUUUUACCGGCAAACAGGUGUGGAACAGCAGGAAGGCUGCCCAUCAGGAGGUAGCACAGAUUGCCCUCAAGCAACUGCAAUCAGAGGUUGAAAUCACAAAUGAACCAUCAAGCUCUUCAGCCUCAUCAGUCAGUCAGACAGACAUGUCCAGUUCAUCUUCCUUGGGGAUCACUUUCUUUGGUAAAGUGAUUGUGGAUCUUAAUCAAGAAGUUGAGUCUGAUGGAUGCUAUUCAACCAAAGAGGAAGCAAAUGAAUCGGCUUACAAGGUUCUAUGGAAACAUUUACAAGGUGAAAUGGCCCCAAUACAAGACCCGACAUACAGGUCAGCGAUCAUGGAAUAUUUCACAAAAUUUGGUUUCCACAAACCAGCAGAGGACUUUGUUCCAAAUGCUGACAACACAAUUAUCUGCAAGCUCAAGCUCAGCGGGCCAUUUACUUUUUAUGACAGAGAUGGCUCGACCAAGAAGAAGCAAGCAGAGCAUCAGGCAGCUAAAGUUGCUCUGCAGCAUUUGUCAGGGAUCCUCAACUGUGCUCCAAUAUCAGAUACUGAGAAGAACUUCAAAGGUAUUCUGAAGGAGCGUCUAGAGGCCCAUGGUUUUAAAAAUCCCAUAUAUGAAACAGAACAAAAAGAUGGAUCCAGCGAAGAGUCUGUGAACAGUGGCAUCAGCCCAGACCUUUCAAACUCAUUUAUCACUCAGGCAACAAUGAAACAGGAUUCAGAGCAGGAGUCUGAAAGCAUCUCCACACCAAUUCAGCUCUCAUCACACGAGCAGAGGGUCAGUGAUACUGUCCCUAUGCUGUUGGACCCUCAAGACUCCAGUUCUCCAGGCUCACAGAGUAAAAUGGCCCAGAAUGAUUGUCCAGGGAUCACUUUCUUUGGGAAAGCGACUGUGAUUCUUGAUCAAGAAAUUGUGUCUGCUGGAUGUCAUUCAAAUGAAGCGGAAGCAACUGAAUCAGCUUAUAAGGUUUUAUGGAAGCAUUUUCGCAUCAGUGCUCCAAUAGAAGGUCAGACAUACAGAUCAGCAAUCAUGGAAUAUUUUAACAGGUUUCGUUUUCAAAAACCAGCAGAGGACUUUGUUCAAAACGACGACACAACCACCUGCAAGCUCAAACUCAGUGGGCCAUUUACUUUUUAUGACAGAGAUGGCUCCACCAAGAAGAAGCAAGCAGAGCAUCAGGCAGCUAAAGUUGCUCUGCAGCAUUUGUCAGGGAUCCUCAACUGUGCUCCAAUAUCAGAUACUGAGAAGAACUUCAAAGGUAUUCUGAAGGAGCGUCUAGAGGCCCAUGGUUUAAAAAAUCCCAUAUAUGAAACAGAACAAAAAGAUGGAUCCAGCGAAAAGUCUGUGAACAGUGGCAUCAGCCCAGACCUUUCAAACCUAUCUGUCACUCAGGCAACAGUGAAACAGAAUUCAGAGCUGGAGUCUGAAAGCAUCUCCACACCAAUUCAGCUCUCACCACAUCAGGUGUCAGUCGGUGAUACUGUUCCUCUAUUACCAGAUCCUGAAGACUCAAGUUCUCUGGGCCCACACAGGAAAAGGGCCAGGAUUGAUUGCCCAGAAAUCUAUGAACUCUUUAAUGUAUUUAAUCUGAAGCCACCACAUGUGAAAGUGGAAGACAUAAAGUGUGAUCAGAAUUUCAUAUGUACUGUGGGAAUCAACUUUAAAAAUGUUAGUUUUACUAACAAAAAUGGCUAUGACUCUAAAAAAGAAGCCAUUCGAAAAACCUACCUGUUGUUCGGUUGUGCAAUGGCAAUUCUUGAUCCUAGCACAGAUGAAAGGAAGUCCAGUGAGCAGGUGAAACAGCACUUUUCUCAGAAAUCUCUUGCCUUUCCUCAGGAAGAUUUUGAAGGCUCUACAAAGCCAUUCUAUUGCUCACUAAAGAACAUAACUUACAUUGUUGACUAUGAGGGACAAGGGUCCUCAGAGAGUGAAGCGAAGUUACAUGCUCUCCAGAAAGCUCUAAGCUCACUGUCACCUCUAUUUGAUUAUCCUUCUCUAACUGGAGCUAAUACUGCUGAAGAGGUGGAGAAUCAGCUGAGCUCCAUGCUGAAAGGGGCUGAGCAGAAAGACCCCAUUAUUUCCCAGAAAGACCCUUUGAAAAAAGCCUGCAUCCAGCUAUCUUUCAAUAACUACACAGUGAAGUGCACAUGCAAAGGCUCCAAGAGAGCAGCUCGUAAUCAUCUUAGUUCACGUAUUCUGGGCCUGCUGGGGGUAAAGACAGAUCCAGAUAAUCAGUCUUUGAGAAACUCUUUAGAUCAAUGGUUUAUAAAGAAGAAUCUGCCACAACCAGUGUUUGAGGACACAGAAGAGGCACUUGGAGCAAAAGCCACUUUCUCUGUUCAGUUAACCUGCUGCGGUCCUGCCUGGGAAGACAAUUGGGAAAGAGCAAUGAAGAAGCUGCUUGAAGAGCUCAAGCUCAACAGAUUUCAGUUUCUAACUGACUAAAAUAAUGAAAAUAUAUUUUAGCUAAUAUUUCAGAUCUACCCACAAUUCACUAUUAGUCAAAAUUACCUAUUCACCUGUAAUAGUUCUGCCUUUUCUUUUUUAUGGUGAUGGUAUUUUUCCUCAAUACAAGUGUGUGUGUGUAUAUAUAUAUAUAUAUAUAUCAAUUAAUUGGACAGUAGAGCUAUUAGAAUGGAACAUAUGCAUGAAACAGUUUUAAAGAUAAUUAUACCAAAGGGUGUGUGUGUGUGUGUGUGUGUAUAUUUACCUUUACAUUUAUGCACUUGGCAGACGCUUUUAUCCAAAGCGACUUACAGAGCCCUUAUUACAGGGACAAUACCCCUGGAGCAACCUGGAGUUAAGUGCCUUGCUCAAGGACACAAUGGUGGUGGCUGUGCGGAUCGAACCAGCAACCUUCUGAUUACCAGUUUACCAGUUAUGUGGUUUAGACCACUACACCACCACCACUCCAUAUAUAUAUUCCAUGUGUGUAUAUAUAUAUAUUCACACAAAAUAUAAUUAUUCUAUUGAUUGAGCAGGCUGAGGGUUUGUUAAUUUUUCAAUAUGGGUUUUCCAGAAUUUAUUUUUGGUCCAAUCACUGAACCUCUCACCAUUUCCUUCCUCCUUUGUUACACACGCUUUUGAUCCUUGAUACAAGGACUAGUUACUAGUUAACCAAUAGUCAGGCCAUAAUUUAAAUAGAAGAGAAAAAGUGUCUGCAAAAUAUAUGUGUUUUCUGAUGGAGAGUUGAUGUUUGCUAUAGAUUUGGGGAGCUUGUUUUGCUGAACAAGUCAUGCAGAAUUAGAUAUAAUAUAGAUACAGACAUGUUGUACAGUUUGGUAUGCCAAGUACAUUUAUCAAUUUCUGUCUUGGAUUCAGAUCAUCAGUAUUUACAGCAGCAGUUGUAUUUUUUAUAUAUAUUUUUCUUAACAAGCAUCUCUUCAUAGUCUCAAAGGAGAAACUGAAUUCAGAAUAAUUCUUCUUGCAUGUGCAUUUAAACAGUUAUUUAUGUACAUUUUUAAACUGUAUACAAUGAACUAUAAAAUCUUUUUACAAGUUAAACUUUGUGAUCACAUACUGUAAGCAUUGAAGAUGCAUCAUUAAUUCAAUAAUUAUACAAUGUACUUUUAAUAUUUACACUUUUUUGUCAGAUUUAAAAUACUUAAGCUCUGUCAUUUUUUUCAGAUCCUUUUGAAAUGUAAGGGACAUAGAUUAAAUCUGACUUAAUCUGUGUGCAGAAAUAAAGACGUUUGGUGGGGUGUUUUAAUAUUUAACAUAUUUUACCAGUUGGCUCUGAUGGCAAUUGACAUUUUCAGUAAUUACAAAUACAUGUAAGUUUUUAAUUAUCUUAUUGUCAGUGCUAUCCACCACAAAUCCAUUAUGCUAUUCACCCAAAAUCAUCAGUUUACUUACAGUUUGGAGCUUUAAUGUCAUGUGUUGAAUCAUGGCUAAUUGUGGUUGUCUAUCUACCCAUAUAAUAUUAACUGUAAAGAAAAUUAGUUUUACUGGACUAGUCCAUCCAAAAAUGAAAACUUCCUCAUGUGUUCCUCUUUAAAUGCACUUUAUAUUGAGUCAUCUGUUAAAAUGAUAAGCACAAUCUAUUUACAUGUUUUUACCUCUAGGGAAGUGUUGUUCUGUGAACUGGCCACUAGAUUGCAAUAAAGUGCUACAUUAUAGGAUUGAAAUCUCUGGGAAUAAAAGUGAGUGAUGAAAUGUGUGUCAGGUCUGGCUUUGCAGGCUUAUUCCAGGAGAUUCUUUGUUCUCAGGAAAUUGGUUGUACUCUGGUUCAGGAUGUUAUUUACACCCAGACCUCUUUACAAUGCAUCUUUGAGCAAAUUUAAGCAUCAGUUUAGUCCACACAAGUACAAUGCGGUUUCCUCCUCACAUAAGGACACCUCAAUAGCAUUGUCAGGACAUGGAUUUAAGUUCUUUAUCUUGAUUACUCUGAAUCUGUAGUGAUGAUUUUUGCAGACAUGCGGUUAUUCCACUCAUUCUGUAUUAAUCUAUGUCACAAUACUCAAAAACAGCCAAAGCACAAGAGAUUGUUAUGUUCAU